CUUUCUGUCAAGUCGGGAAAAAUGGAAAGUAGGCCAAGCGUUUCUGCUGCUCAACGUUCUCGGAUAAGCUAUCAAAUGUCGUCAUGCAGCCGGAGAAGACUACGCUCUUAUAUUGCGCCUAUGCUAUAGCCGUUUUCGAUCUGCUCUGUGCUGUUCUCUUCGCUGCACUCAGUCUGUUCAAAAUCUAUUCACAUUUAAGCUGGUUAACCAUAUUUGCCGUCUGUUUUGCCAUGUUUUGGUUAACAUUGAUUGCUUUGCUUAUCUAUGGCAUUUAUAGCCGCAAAUCGAAGCUCGUCAGAUAUUGGCUUAUAUUCUCAUGUGUGGGCAUUGUCAUAGAGAUCUGUCUGUUGAUUUAUGCUUUCUUUGGCAAGAGCACUUUUCAAAUAGGAGUGGUUGACAAUCGUUUGACUCUAUUCAUUGGUUUAUUUGUUGAAACAUUUUUUGCUUUAAUUAUCUAUCAAUUCUAUCAAGAGCUCUCGGAACGCAUUCCAGUUGUCCGGGAAAGUAAGCAGCCUCCUAUAGACCCACCGCUGCUAAAGGUGGUACAACAGCCAAAGGAAGAGCCGCAACCAAAGGCAGAGCUACCGCCAGAAUCAAAAGCUAGUACUGUGUCGCCUUGUCGAAGCUACCGAUCCUACAGAUGCAACAUAUUGCAAACUAACGCCGAUGCAUGCCCCAACACCUACACCUGCGGACCAAUGCAGAAACAAAAUCGAUCCUUAAAUAAUGCAGAACGUUGAAAUCUUAAGGUUGUU